CAAACGGACUGGCUCCCGUCAGCGAGCAGGGUCUCCUGCGGGCCUUUCGCAAGGUCCCGGAGGCUGGGGCUUGCGAAGAACACGCCACCCUGCUCAAGCUGGGGGCAAGAGGCUGACUCUGUAAACCGCUUAGAGAGGGCUGUGAAGCACAGGGAAGCGGGAUAUAAGUCUAUAAGUCUGUUGCUUUCCUUGUGCUCACACCUCCGAUUUGCUUGCAAGCGAGGCAGGCGGGCAGCUCCAGGGAGCGUCUCCUCUGGAGGAUCUGAACAGAUACUUUCUUGAGAAAAUACUGCAGUUUCAUCCCAGCGUCCGCUGUGCAAUGAUCAGAGGGGCUGUGAUAAAACACCUUUCAAGGAAUCCGUUUCGGCUCCCAAGAUGAGCAGGCUUCAGGAUCCCGCAUGCAAUGCCAGUGUCACAAACGGCACCCCGAUGGGGACAUUGGACUUGUUCAACAAUGACGUCCCCUUGGUCCUGCCGGAGGUUUCGUUCGGCCUACGGAUCUCCAUCACCACCGUCUACCUGUUGGUGUGCGCGGCGGGCCUCUUGGGAAACAGCCUGGUGAUGUACCUGAUCUGGAUCCAGAAGGAGACGUCCGCGGCCGCCAUCAACAUCAUGGUCUUUGGCCUCGCCGCCGCCGACUUCCAGUUCUCCCUGAUGCUGCCUUUCUGGGCCACGGAGGUGGCGCUGGAUUUCCAGUGGCCCUUCGGCCACGCCAUGUGCAAAGCCGUCCCUUCCCUGACCCUCCUCAGCAUCUACGCCAAUGUCUUCUUGCUCACCGCCAUGGCGGUCAGCCGCUAUUGUUCAGUAGUCUCUGCGGUGAAGGGAGGGUUCAGGAUGACGCCCCGAGCGACCAAGUGCAUCACGGCCGGACUUUGGGCCGUGGCGGUGGGAGCCACUGUGCCGACAGCCGUCUACGCCGGGGUGAUACGCGUUGCUGGGGUGGAACUCUGCCUCUUCCAAUUCCCCAGCCUGUAUCACUUGGGGAUCUACCAGCUCCAGAGGGUGGUUUUCGCCUUCGUCAUCCCCUUGGUGGUCAUUUUGACGUCCUACCUCCGGCUCCUCUGGUUCCUCAAAAGUCACCACGUUCCCAGCCGCAGCCCAACGCGGCAUAAACAAGUUGCCUCCACUGUCCGCCUAAUGGUCGGCUGCUUCUUCGUCUGCUGGUUCCCUAACCACGUGGUCACUCUCUGGGGCGUUCUGGUGAAAGUCGGGGCUCUGCCCAUGGAUCACACCUUCCACUACCUCCACACUUAUGCCUUCCCGCUGACCACUUGCUUGGCUCACACCAAUAGCUGCCUCAACCCCAUCCUCUACUGUCUCAUCCGGCGGGAGUUCCAAGAAGCGAUGAAGGACACCUUCCGCAGGCUGUCCUCCAUCACCUCCUACCAGCUGUUCUCCUCCCACAAGGCCUGGGAGGAAGGGGCGCUGGAGGUCCUGCCUCUCCGCCCCUCCGAUCUCCCCCACCAUCCUCAAAGCGGAGCAAAGGAGGGUACCGCCUUCUCUAGCAUCUUGGGCGUGGAAAAAGCGGACUCUGCUGCGGCUGGAGGAGUAGCAACUUCUGGACGGUGAGGAAGGCUGCUUCGGACCGGAGCCAAAUCCCAUGAUCGUAAUUCCAAAGGGACUUUAACAAAACUGUGCAACUGGGGACAGGCGUUAGAAUUGGAACUCAGCUUCAGUUUCUUAAGCGUGCAAGAAUGUCCCUUGAACGAUUGUUUUCUCCUGCUGUGAGUCAUGGCCUCCUCUUCUCCCAGAUAUCUGGAAUGGAAUGGAAUGGAAUGGAAUAGAAAUAGAAAUAGAAUGGAAUAGAAUAGAAUAGAAUAGGAAUAG